AUGCGAAUCGCAAUAUUAAGUUGCGUUAAAUGCGGGUUCCUAAAUCUGCCAUCAUCUUCACAGGGACGGUAAGUUGUAUACCGUAAUGUGAGUUCUGUUUUAGGACUUUUUGCACACUUCAGAAAUACGGGGCACUUACACCAACAUCUAAAAUACGACCUUCCAUAGCUAGGCAGUUUAUUCGGCAAGUGAAUGUAGUAGAUACGAAAAGGGCAUCUACAAAACUACGGAAUGCAUCGUGGAAAGAUCUCAAGAAGAUAUUCCGAUUGGCUGUGCCUCAUAAGGGCAGAAUAAUGUGUAAGUGUUUGUACCUAAAAUCUACAAUAAUAUAAUGCUAUUGUUAAUAUAGUAUGUAUUGUUUGCUUUAAAGUUGUUUUUUUUUAUUUAUGAAAUACGUUUUUUACGUUAAUUAUAUUUUUUUCAGUGGGCUUGAUGUUCAUGGGCGUUGGCUCUUCCAUCUUCUUGUUCUUGCCUCGAGUGUUAGGAAAGCUGAUCGACGAGCAUGAUGAUAGUAAGAAAGGAGACGACGAAGGAGAUGUUGCGUUAAAACUUGCCAAAUACUUUAAGGCUAAUCCUUGGGCUAUUAUUUUGUUGUUACUUGUUGGAGCUUCGGCCGUUUGUGCCAGAACUUAUUGUAUGCACACAGCUGGUGAGCAAUGUUUUAAAGAUUGAAACCGUUUUUAUAGUAAGGAGAUUUAUGUUGUAAUUGUAGGUCAGUUGGUUGUAAAUGAUUUGAGAAGAAAGGUGUUCAACUCGGUUUUGCGACAAGAUAUGGCAUUUUUCGACCGGAACAAGGUCGGAGAGAUUGUGAGCCGUCUCUCAACUGAUGCUUUGAUCGUGGGUUACGCCGUAUCGACCAACUUGAGUGAAGGAGCCCGAGCAGUGAUUACCUGCAUUGGAUCUGGUUCCUUAAUGGUACGUUUCUUUUGUCAUAUAACUCUUGCGUGAUACACUAGUUUUAUGAUAUUAAUUACGAGGUGGUACCAUCUCAAAUUAAUGAUGAUUUUUAUUUAGAUAUACACAUCGCCAAGUUUGUGCAAAGUUGUAGUUUUUGUUAUUCCGUUCAUCGUCGGAACCUUCUACGUUUUCGGAAAGCUACAGAGAAAGUACACGAUGCAGAUGCAGGAAGCUGUAGCAGCCACGAAUCAGGUAAACCUAUAAGAUUUGAAAUUCAUCUUAAUUUAGGUAGCAACUGAGCGUUUGUCGAAUAUCCGGACAGUGAGGAUGUUGGUAUCUGAAGCGAAAGAACUACAAACCUACAAAGACAGAAUCCAAGCCAUCUGGAGGAUAUCAAAGAAGGAGGCUACAGCCAGAGGACUCAUGUUUGGAGGCGUAAGUAAAACACAUUUAUUUAUAAAACUUUUGGCAUUUCCGAUUUUUUGUUAAACUACUGCUUGGUUAGAGUACGCCAAUUUUAAAGUACUUGUUUUAGUUUCAAUUUACGGGAUACAUAUCUUUAACGACGAUUCUCUUCUACGGUAGUAACUUGAUCGACAAAGGUCUUUUGACCUACGGUGAUCUGUCUUCCUUUGGUUUGUAUGCCUUAUUGUGUGCCAGUAGCCUGUCCAACAUGAGUGGAUUCUACAUCGAAAUUAUGAAGGGAUUGGGGGCUAGUUCUCGACUAUUCGACCUAAGGAGUCAACAGCCAACAAUUCCAUUAACUGGUGGUAUGAAGAUUGAGGACAUCACCAAGGAGAUCAGAUACGAAGGCAUCGGAUUUUCUUACCCCGACAGAACUCCAUUGUUCAAUGAUGUCACAUUCAGAAUCCCUGCUGGAAAGAUCACAGCUGUCGUAGGAUCAUCUGGAAGUGGAAAGAGUACCAUUGCCAACUUAUUGUUAAGGUGGGAUUUAAAUUGAUAUGUAAAUUUAAGUUUGUUGCAAUGUAAUCAUAAUUUGAAAGUAUGAAGAAAUAACUUUUACGUUAAACUUAUAUUUAUAGGUUGUACGACCCGACACAAGGCCGAAUCACCGUAGACGACGUUGAUCUCAAGGAAUUGGACGCCAGUCACUGGAGGCGGAUGAUUGGUGCCGUAGGACAAGAACCUGUCCUAUUCUCAGCCAGCAUUUACAACAACAUCAUUUACGGCUGCGAACAUCCAGAGAAGGUGACAGAAGAGGAAGUGUACGAAGCCGCGGAGACUUCUAACUCCCUAGAAUUCAUCCGCUCCUUUCCACAGGGCUUUGACACGAUAGUGGGCGAACAAGGAGCGUCAAUGUUGAGUGGAGGUCAGAAACAAAGAAUAGCCAUAGCACGUGCCUUGGUCACAAGACCCAGAUUACUUAUUAUGGAUGAAGCUACAAGUGCCUUAGACGCUACUUCAGAAUAUCUAGUACGGAAGGCGUUAAGUCAACUUCUGGUCAAUAACAAACAGACAGUACUAAUCAUUGCUCACAGGUCAGCGUCAGAUUAUUAAAAUAAUCGAAUUAAAAUUAUCAAAAUGACUAAAACUUGUCAAAUUUCUUUAAAAGUAACAAAGUUUUAAUCGUAUACUUUUCAGGUUAUCCACAAUCAAACACGCUGACCAGAUCGUCGUUCUGGACCGUGGAACAGUGGCAGAGAUCGGCACGUUCGACGGGCUCAUGAAGCUUGAAGACGGAGUGUUCAGGGCUCUGGUAGACAAGCAGACAAUUGGUUGGAGGGACGAUCAGUUUUGA